AUGGCCGGCGCAUCGACUAAAACAAACGCACCUAAGCCGAGGAAGAGAGUGGAAGCCGAAACGAAAGAUGAAACCAGCAACACCACCAAUACCCUACUUCGCGCCAGAGAUGGCAGUGCCUUCGUUCGCUGUGAAAGUUGCAACAAGAACGUAGCUGUAGCGCUUAUUAGCAUGCACAAUUGCAGUCUCGACGCCAAGAUUAGAGUGAAUCUGGAAGCACAAGUUGUUGAGACGCAAAUGGAGGCUAAGAAGAAACCUGUGGUGGAGAGGAAGAAAUCAACAUCUGAUGAACCUAAGUCAAAGAGACUCAGAAAGGCCAAGGAGGAGAAGAAGGGCUCUACCUCAAACAAGCCUAAGCGACCUCUUACCGCUUUCUUCAUUUUCAUGAAUGAUUUCCGUAAAACUUUCAGGGAAGAGAAUCUUGGUUCCAACGUUAAGGAUGUUGCAAAGCAGGGUGGUGAAAAGUGGAAGUCUUUGACUGAGGAAGAGAAGAAGGUUUACUUGGAUAAAGCUGCUGAGCUAAAAGCAGAAUAUAACAAGUCACUAGAGAGCAAUGAUGAUGAAGAGGAGGAUGAGGAGAAGCAAACAGAUGAUGUUGAUGAUGCUGAGGAGAAAGAAGCUGAAGAGGUUGAGGAGAAGCAAUCAGAUGAUGCUGAUGAGGCAGAGGAGAAGGAAGUUGAGAACAAAGACGCUGAAGGCAAAGUAAAAGAGGAAGAAGAGAUUUUGGAUGACUACUAG